GGGGCGGGCCGAGCCCUCGCCGCUGCCCGCGGGUUUCGCUUACAGCGCGGCCGCUCCGGAGAUGGCUGCGGAGAGCAACGGGGCGGCCCCGGCCGCUGUGCCCUCCUGUUUGGAGGGGAAAGGCCCCGGCGAGCGGGCGGCCAUCCUCCACCAGCACCUCGGCCGCAGGGAGAUGACCGACGUGAUCAUCGAGACCAUCCAGCCGCGGCCAGAUGAAACAAAAGCUGGCAUGGAAGGAAGAAAAUCUUCAGAGGCUGCAUCUGCUGAGGACAAAAAUAAACAUGACGAUCAAAGUAAAGAGCGUGAGGCUGCUCCAGACUCGCCUUCAAAACAGCUCCCUGACCAGAUUUCCUUCUUCAGCGGGAAUCCCUCAGUUGAAAUCGUUCAUGGCAUUAUGCAUCUGUACAAAACAAACAAGAUGACCUCUCUAAAAGAAGACGUGAGGCGCAGCGCCAUGCUGUGUAUCCUCACGGUCCCUGCUACGAUGACCAGUCAUGACCUGAUGAAGUUUGUGGCCUCCUUCUACGAAGUCAUCGAGCACAUGAAAAUCAUCCGAGAUUCCACUCCAAACCAGUACAUGGUGCUGAUAAAGUUUAGCUCGCAGGCUGAUGCAGAUAGCUUUUAUAUGGCAUGCAACGGCCGGCAGUUCAACUCUAUAGAGGAGGAUGUUUGCCAGCUGGUAUAUGUGGAAAGGGCUGAAGUCUUCAAAUCAGAAGAUGGGGCCAGCUUGCCUGUGAUGGAUCUGACAGAGCUCCCGAAGUGCACAGUGUGCCUGGAGAGGAUGGAUGAGUCCGUGAACGGGAUCCUUACCACGCUGUGUAACCACAGCUUUCAUAGCCAGUGUCUGCAGCGGUGGGAGGACACCACGUGUCCUGUCUGCAGAUACUGCCAAACGCCUGAGCCAGUGGAAGAGAACAAGUGCUUUGAGUGUGGAGUUCAAGAAAACCUUUGGAUCUGCUUAAUAUGUGGGCACAUAGGCUGUGGCCGGUACGUGAGUCGACACGCUUACAAACACUUCGAGGAGACCCAGCACACCUACGCAAUGCAGUUGACCAACCACAGAGUCUGGGACUAUGCUGGAGAUAACUACGUCCAUCGACUGGUUGCAAGUAAAACUGAUGGGAAGAUAGUUCAGUAUGAGUGCGAGGGAGAUAUGUGUCAGGAAGAGAAAAUUGAUGCCUUACAAUUAGAGUACUCAUAUUUGCUAACAAGCCAGCUGGAAUCGCAGCGAAUCUAUUGGGAAAACAAGAUUGUCCGAAUAGAAAAGGAUACAGCUGAAGAGAUUAACAACAUGAAGACCAAAUUUAAAGAGACCAUUGAGAAGUGUGACAGUCUGGAACAGAGGCUGAAUGACUUGCUCAAAGAAAAGCAGUCUGUCGAAAGGAAGUGUUCUCAGCUGAAUAACAAAGUGGCUAAGCUUUCCAACGAGCUGAAGGAGGAGCAAGAACUGAAUAAGUGUUUGCGAGCGAAUCAAGCCUUGCUUCAGAACAAACUAAAGGAGGAGGAGAGAGCGUUAAAGGAAACCUGCGAACAGAAGGACCUGCAGAUCUCUGAGAUCCAGGAGCAGUUGCGGGAUGUCAUGUUCUACUUAGAGACGCAACAGAAAAUCAAUCACCUCCCAGCUGAGACCCGACAGGAGAUUCAGGAAGGACAGAUCAACAUUGCAGUGGCAUCUUCUGCCAGCUCCUCCACAGGGGGCACGGGCAAACCUUCUUCCAGGAGAGGCCGUGGCAAGAGGGGCAAGUGAGAAUCGGAGCGCCCUGCUCCCGUCCUGGAACUGGCCGUGCUGGUGGUAGGCCUCAACUCUCGGGACUCCGGCUGGGAACGCCCAGUUCACUAAAGCUCAGCUAGAAAUUGUCUUCAGAGCUGCUCAUAAAACUGGCUGCCAGUCAAUGGAGGUGUCUGUGGUAUUUAAAAGCAUUUCACUGCACUAUUUAGCUAUUUGUAGGCAGAUCUUGAUGACCAUUUUGCCUUCCUACCUUUCCAAAGCCCCUCCUAUCGCGCAUUUGACUUUCUCCUGGGAGAGCGUACGGUUUUGGGGUGGGUGGGUGUGUACGUGUUAAACAUCGCAUUCCCCAAGGGGAUGCUGUAGAGUAGGCUUGGCCCAGCGUGUAAGGCUUCUCCAGUUCUCCUGGAUUAAAAGUAUUCUCAAUUAAGAAAGGAUUUUAUUUAAUAAACAGUGUAAAUUAGAUUAUAUACAUCUCCUUUUAGCACAUGCAGUCCUGACACUGCAGAACUGCUAGUGCAGGAGUAGAACUGUAGUUUGGAAAUAAAAAGGAGUGAGGUGUGCAAAAUAAACCAUCUUAGUGGUGUAAGAAACUGAACGAGUCCGGAAGGCUUGUAAUCUAGGACAUUAAACGCUUUAAGGGACUUUGCUACUAUCUGUUUCUUCAUUUUAAAGAUGGCCUUUGAAAGGCCAGUGCUCGGUGCCUUUGGGGCAGAAAGCGUGAAAGUUGGUUUUUUUUUUUUUAUAUUCUGGAAGCUGUUUAACGUGGUUAUUUUACAGGCGUUUCUACAAUUAAAUAGAGCUGUCUUUG